AUGCCGCAUAAGGUCAUGAGCGCUUGUAAUGGGAAUGAACAAGAUAGGGUGCAGCCCCGUUAUACGGCUGCGGUUAGGAAGGACCCCGUUUACGUGAUCCAAAAGCCGUACUAUAAAAGUACUGCUGAGGAGAUGGAGUUGAAGGUGGUUCACUUCAACGCUGAUGGUGCCAAACCAAAGCUACGGGAGACUCAUCAGCUUAUGUUGAAGUCGACUUGUGAUGUUCUAUGCAUUCAAGAAGCAAAGCUUGGUGGUGGGGUAACUGAUGGUAAUCUCAAGCUAACAGGUUACGAUCAUGAACGGCGCGAUAGGUCUGUAUCUGGUCUCAAUAAGCUUGUAUCUGAGCCGAAGCCUCGUUGGAAUGUUGAUAAGGACGAUUGGGAUCUCUUUGCGGAGGUGUUCGAGUCAAAAAUUGGGGAUUCUAAACCCACGGGGAAUGUUGAUAGAGAUUUUGUUACGUAUCGCAGGGCUAUGACAUUGAGAGCGAUCCCGCGUGGCAAGGUUUUCAAUUACUCCGCCUCCUAUAAGGACCCUGAAGUUCGUGAGGCUGUCUCUAAGAGACAGAGCGCCAGUGAAGCUUAUAGAUUAAAUCCUACAGUAGAAAAUCAUGCUGCCGAUAAGAAGGCUAGGGAAAGGGCAGAGAGGCUAACAUGCAAGGCUCAGACAUGCAAAGAGAGACUACAAGUGCCCGGGAAGAAAUAUCUUUUGCGUGGUGAGAAGACUGUGGUGAAUGAGAAAGAUAUAGCUGACACUUUAGCCAGUCAUUAUGAGAGAGUAUCGACUUGUGCUGCAAAGCUGCUGAGCGGACUCUUCAAGGCUUGA